AUGGCCGACAGAUACUCGUUCUCGUUGACCACGUUUUCGCCAUCUGGCACUUUGAAGCAGAUCGAACAUGCUCUCAACGCCGUCAAACAAGGAGUGACGUCGCUGGGAAUCAAAUCCACUAAUGGAAUUGUCCUUGCGACUGAGCGCAAAUCUAACUCCGCAUUGAUCAAUGUGGACCACAUUGAGAAGAUCUCACUGAUCACACCCAACAUCGGAAUGACCUACUCUGGAAUGGGGCCAGAUUUUCGCGUUCUCGUGGACUCGUCGAGAAAGGUGUCCCACACUGCGUACAAGAGAGUCUACAACGAGUAUCCCCCAACCAAAAUUCUGGUGAGUGAAACUGCCAAGAUCAUACAGGAGGCGACGCAAUCCGGUGGUGUAAGACCAUAUGGAGUGUCGCUGCUUGUAGGUGGCUACGACGAUUCCAAUGGCUACAUGUUAUACCAAGUUGACCCUUCUGGAGCUUACUUUCCUUGGAAGGCUACGGCAAUUGGAAAGGGGUCCACCGCGGCGAAAACGUUUUUGGAGAAGAGGUGGAACGAGGAGCUGGAGCUUGAAGAUGCCAUCCACAUUGCACUGUUGACUUUGAAGGAGUCAAUUGAGGGCGAUAUGAACGGUGACACCGUUGAAAUCAGUAUAAUUGGCGAAGAAAACGAGCACCUGCUUGGUUUCACUGGAGAUUCACGCGUUGCGGGUCCACGUUUCAGGAAAUUGAGUGCACAGGAGAUAAACGACAGGCUAGAUGCGUUGUAG